AACAGGAACACACAUUGAUCAAGAAAUGCCUCUGACAGGACAUGUUUGGUCUGUUGCUCAACCUGUAGUGUCAACUCAACGGAACAGCCCUUUCAGUGAUGGAUGUUAAACCCUAGAUAGACCUCAGAGCACUAUCAACACCCUCUCCUCCUCUUCCUGCUCAUCACCAUGGACUCCCCUUCUAAGAAGUCCGGUGUGUUGUCCCACCUGCGGCAUCGCGCCCAGCCCCUCCUCUCUACCCUCCGACGGGGCAAGAAGAACCCCAGUAAGACUGAGGUGUGUCCAGAACAUGUCUUAAACCACAGGAUGAGUUCCUCUGUCCCAGACAUCACCCCCACCUCCUCCCUGGCCCAGCAGGACUACCAGACCUACAGCAGCCCCAACACUCCCACCAUUAAGACUGUUGGAGACAGAAGGCAGGGAGGAGGUGCUAGCUCUCACACCGUUGACACGGCUGGGAGCGACGCUGCUCUAAACCGACUGAGCGUCCCGGUGGACCAGGCUGACUGGACGUCCCAGGAGUCGGUGUGUAGUGAACCCAGUGCUGCUCCUUAUGAGGAGGAGGACCUGUCAGAGGAGAGCCAUGCGCUGAGAGCUGCUUCUGCUGGAGGGGGGUCAAGGACAGAGGACUUGGAGCUGCAGGAUCACACAGGACACUGUAGUGAACACACUACCACUCCCAUUGGCCUGCACAGCAGAGAGAUCCCCUCAGUGGAGAUAUCAGAGGACAUGACUCAGCAGAACGGUGACAGCCAUGACCUUGAGGCCCAAACAUCACGAGACACGGAGAACAACAGUUUUGAGAUGGGGAGUCCCACUGAGAUGCUGAGUGUAUCCGACAGCGCUAGAGAGUCCCAGAGGUCCUACCUCCUAUUAACCUCUAUCAACCUGAAGCAAGGACGAACCUGGUCAUCAGAGACCGCUUCAUAA